UAUCAGACUUCACGGAAACAUGUUAUGGACAAUAUUCUUAUUUCUUAAUGGACUGCUUAUACUAGUUCUCCUUUACUUCACUCGCAGAAGACAGAAAAAUGAGCCACCUCUGGACAAAGGUCUCAUUCCAUGGUUGGGGCACGCUCUUGAGUUUGGAAAAGAUGCUGCAAAGUUUUUGGCCCGAAUGAAAGAAAAACAUGGAGAUAUCUUCACAGUUCGUGUUGCUGGUCAUUACGUGACUGUUCUGUUGGACCCAAACUCUUUCGAUGCCAUCAUAAAUGACACAGUGUUCUUGGACUUCACCCGCGCAAGAAACCAGCUCGUGAAAAGGAUCUUCAGUCUGCAGCUGCCAAGCAUCAAGCCUACAGCAGAGAGGAAAUGGAUGGAACGGCAUUUUCAUGGUCUUCAUCUGUCCAAGCUCAACAGUUCCAUGAACAUUCAUCUUCAGAACCUGCUCCUGAGUGACCAGACAGGAUUUGGCCCUUCAGAGUGGAGACAGGACGGGCUCUUUAGCCUAUGUUACAGCCUGCUCUUCAGGGCCGGAUACCUUACGUUGUUUGAGAGGAAAGACAAUACUGCCACAGUCUACAAAGAGUUCCGCAAGUUUGACAAUCUCCUCACCAAACUGGCUCGCUGCUCGCUUAAGCAAGGGGAAAGGGAAACAGCCAACUCAUCCCGGGAGCGACUGUGGGAGCUGCUGUCCCCAAGCUGGCCGAGCGGAGGGUCAGAGCCCGCCUCCUGGCAGCACAGCUACCAUCACUUCCUGCAGGAGGAGGGGGUAGAUGCAGAAAUGCAGAAAAGAGCUUCACUGCUGCAGCUGUGGACCACACAGUGUAACGCUGGACCUGCUGCCUUUUGGCUUCUUGGCUUCCUGCUCACUCACCCUGAGGCCAUGGAGGCUGUUAAAUCAGAGAUCAGAUGCCUUACUCUUCAGGAUACUUCCCUACAGCAUCCCCCCAUCAACCCGCUGGAAGCACACAGCACACCUGUGUUUGAUAGCGUCCUGAGUGAGACCCUACGACUCACCGCUGCAGUGAUGAUCAACAGAGAGGUGGUUCAGGAUAAGAUCCUGCGCAUGGCCAAUGGAAAGGAGUACCACCUCAGACAGGGGGACAGAGUGUGUCUGUUCCCCUUCCUCAGCCCACAAAUGGACCCAGAGAUACACCAAGACCCGCAGAUCUUCAAGUAUGAUCGCUUCUUAAAUGAAGACAUUACAGUGAAGGAUAAAUUCUACAAGAAGGAAAAAAGACUGAAGUACUACAACCUGCCAUGGGGCGCAGGGAAAAACAUCUGCGUUGGGAAAGAGUUUGCUGUUACAGCCAUUAAACAAUUUGUGUUUUUGCUCUUGACCCAUCUUGAUAUGGAGAUGUGUGACCCGGAGGCUAAACUGCCACCAGUUAAUCCCAGUCGCUACGGCUUUGGGAUGCUCCAGCCGGACGGAGAUCUGCAGGUUCGAUACAGACUGAAGAUGCCACAGCAUAGAAUGUUACUAAUUUGAUUAAGCAUACAAAUUGUUGAUAAACCUUUUUGUAAUAUGUAUUGUAUCACUAUUUAUUCUAUGUUGUAUUUCGGAGUGCACCUAUAUAUCAUAAUUAACUUUGUUGUGUUUAAGUAAUAUUUUUAAUACAAAAAAGGAAAAAUUAUAAUUUAAUUUCACAUUUCUCUUUUUGAUACCAUACAAAUGGCCUCUGUACUUUUGGGCUACAGCUAGUUGGCUUUAGAAAAAUGUGGAAUACAACAUGACAUUGGUAACUGCAGUGUAAGGGUACUCUUGCCAAGUUUAUAUUAAGAAGAGGAGAUGAGAAAAAAUGGAAGAAGAGUUUAUUCAUUGUGCAAAUAUGUAGAGUACAUAUACUGUAGUACUGUAGUUAAGUACAAUUGUGAGGUUCUUGUACUUAUACCUGAGUAUUUCCAUUUCAUGCUACUUUACACCUCUGCAUUUUUAGAA